UUUUGGGCUGCCCCAAACCUGUUCUCUUCUGUUCGCCGAAAAAAAGAAAAAAAAAAAAAAGAAAUUACAGCCAAACGCGGUCUUAUUGCCCUAGCUAAAACAACCCCAGCGAACGGCAGCGUCCGAUCUCGGGCGUACGACGCGACUGUAGCUUUCGCACGAAUUCAUCCCUCCCAGUCUUCGCCUCUCAUCGCUCUGUCCUAAAUUGCUUUUCGCCAACACAAUUCUGCUGCCCACUGGGGAAUCGAUCAAAGAAGCAAUUGAAAAAGGGGGGGAAAUAAACCCUAGGUUCGACUUCCACCUCUGCGCUUCGAAUCCGGUUUAUAUAGAUGCCAACAAUGGUGGCCAAUCAUCCGUUUACGCGUGUCGAUACAAUCGAGCUGAAGGAUCAUUUAUUCCGCAAGAUCGGUCCCCAGAGAGCCGAAAAGUACUUAGAUCAUUUAAAAAGGUUUUUCAGUUUGAAGCUGAGCAAGUCCGAGUUCGACAGAAGCUGCAUUCGGACAAUUGGCAGAGAAAACCUUCCGCUACACAAUAAGCUCAUUCGCUCGAUCGUCCAAAAUGCGUGUCACGCCAAAACCCCGCCGCAAAAGCGUCAGAAAUCCGAAGGGCUCGGCGUGAAAGUCCCAAACGGAUAUCAGAGGAGUUGCAUCCAAUCCCUUUACGGCGACGCGUUGCCGCAGUCUCCGCGCAAAUGUAGGUCCCCUGUUAGCAGGGACCGCAAGCUCCGGGACCGUCCAAGCCCUCUCGGCCCGCUCGGCAAGAGCCCGAGCAUCACGUGCGAGGACACGGUCAGAACGCAGGAGCAGCAAAGCGCGACAGAGCCGCAGUCGCACUGCAGCCGGCCUCCCGUCGAGGAAGACGGGGAAGAGGUCGAGCAAUUCUCAGGAUGCGACAGGGUUCGGAGAUGGAGGUCCGUCGCCGCUCCCUUCGGCGUUGCGGCGAAUGCGGUCGAUCCCCGGAUGUCCCAUCACUGCGGGUAUAGUUACAACAACGGUUUCUCUGAGACGUGCCUGUAUAGUUCGGAGCUCCCCGAUUCGAUUUCUUUAAGGACCCGUAUGGAGAAGAAGCUGGCUUCAGCGGGAAUCGGGGUUCCGCCGGAAUGCGCGAUCGCAUUGAACAAUAGCUUGGAUGCUUAUUUGAAGAGAUUAAUCGAACCCUGCAUCGGAAUCGCGGGAUCGAGGCGCGCCUCCGGGGGAAAAUCGAAUGAUCUGGGUAUGGUCGAUUUUCGUGUCGCCGUGGAGUCGAAUCCUCGUCUUCUCGGGCAAGAUUGGCCUAUUCAGGUCGAGAAAAUCUCCGCUUAUGCGGCUGAGGUGUAAGCUUCAAGAUUUUCUGCGAAAGCAUUAGCUGAUUUCGACUGAUUCAGCCGCAGGGAUUUAACGGAGUUCCCCCCGGAGAAAUUAUAGGAGCUGGAAAUCGACUCCUGCAAGGUAAUAUAGGCAAGCAAAUUUACAUACACACACCAUAUCACAUUUGAUCGGAUCGGAUUGAGUCUUUGGACAUUGUUCUUGACAUCCUCGUCGCCUUGUUUAGUUGUUUCUAUUGUCUUAUAAUUUCACAGUUUGAAAUGAUUAUUUCUAGUUGUGUAUCGAUCGUCUGCUGCCCCUCCCCACCCUCCAUUGUAAAAUGUCAAAUUUUUCCGAUGGAAUGAAGAAGCAAAUUGAUCUUGUGAUCA